CCUUCCCGCGGCCCCCACUGCCUAUAAGUGGGCAACGAACGGCGCGCGCCGUAUCAUUCAGUGAGCACCCGUUGCUGAGAGAACACACACCUUAAUCCUUACCCAAGUACCAAACUGUGCUACAAUCAUGGCCUUCAUGAUGCCCGUGGUGAAGAACGACUGGGACAUUUACCGGUCCCAGCGCACCAACAACAACAUGCGUCGCACCUCGGACAACAGCCGCAGCCGCAAAGCGUCCGAGUGCCGGAGUAGCGAGUGUCCGAGCCUGUCCACGUCGCCGGGCUCGACUGACUUCUUCAGCCCGGCUCACCGGUCGGCACCGAUGGCCGUCCGGACGUCCAACUCGUCACGUGCCAGCCUCCAGUCGCCCAGCAAGGGCUCGUCGACGGCCUCCUCGUCGCCUCCGAAGAGCUCCGGCUCGCAGAGUUCGCUCAACAAAUUCCACACGCGACUUGUGGACAAGCUGAAGAGGUCGUUCCGCUCAAGUUCGUCAGAAGCCGACUCGCGGUCCUCCUCUUGAGGUCCGCCGCCUCCGGCUACUUUCACGCCGCCCCCGCGCUCCCGCCCCAUUGACAUCCGGGCAGCCCGACGGCGGUCGUCGUCGGCCUCGUCGACGCCGCGCUCCCUGCAGUCGCAGACGGUGCCCGCCAGCUUUUAGACUGAGUUUUCGCAACAAUACACACAUUAUACUAUUUAAGUUGAACGGUGCCUCUUAAAAAAAGUGAGAAACGAAGAACACCAGACUGCUGCUGUGUGACGAGAAGGAUGAAGAGAGUUUUGAUAAGUCAGCGCGACAUUCCACGCACCCCCGCCGCCGCUAUUUAAUCAAACUUGGCAAUUUUUGGUAUUUUUUAACUCUGACGAUGAGGCAAGUACUCGAUGUUUUAUUUAAUUGAGAACCAAAAUUUGUGCCCGCAGCGGCGGCGGAAACGUCGCAUUCUAAACACUUUUGCGCUUCAUUUGAAUAUUAUUAUUAAUUAUUUCACGAGAUCACAACUACUAAUAAUAAAAUAUUAUCAUCAGUGAUAGUCUGACUGCUGUAUCAAACGGAACAACAAACUGUAAACGCUAAUCUAAUUAGACUCGAGUCAUUUCCUAUUUGUAAGCAAUUAAUAAUUUUUUUCAUCUUUUCUGUAUGUAAUUUUUUUCUACGGAGAAUGAUUUUUUUAUACGUUGGGAGAAACACAUGAUUAUAAGUGGCUUCUUUUGUACACUUUCUCUGCCUGCUUUGUAGACGCUGAGAUUUCAGUUCCGAUUCGAUAGACACGAAAGUUUAUAGUAGCAGCUAUUUUUAGUGAAAAGAAAUUGAUGAUGAAUUGGCUGUUUUCAAAAAUCUGUGACGAAAAAAAAAAGAAAUUGCUGUUAAAUUUGUGAGAGAAAAAAAUACGCCAAAAGCAGAUGAUUAAUUCACAAACCCGCAAUGUUGACUGAUUAAAAAUUGUUGUAUUACGAAAGUUAACAAAAAAUGAGAAACAAUAAAAUUGAGCAGGAAUGCUUGUAAACAAAUUA